GUAAUUGGACUCUCCGCCUCUCAUCCAAAACAAACAGUCGCAAACGCCCGCCCCCACACUGGGAAGGAGUCUGGUCCGUCAUCUGGGCCCCUGGCUCCGGCGCCCGCUGAGGAGCGGCGUGCGGACAGCGAAGGACGGAGCGCGCUCUCCCCAGCUCUCCGCGCCGCGGGGCUGGGGAUCCGGGCGCCCCUGGGAUGCGCCGUGCGUGCCCCGCCGCAGCUCCGGCCUGGCAAUGGCCCCGCACGGACGCCGCCGGACCGCUGAGACUUGAGGGACAGUGAGGCGCUGGCCGGCGUCGGGCGGGGCCGGCGCCCCGGAGCUAGAUGGAAGGGACAGGGGACCCGGGAGCCGGCUCGGAGUAGCCCACGGACCCCCCCGGGCUCGAACUUCACCUGGUGCUGCGGGCGGGCAGGGUUACCAGGGCUGCCAUGGAGGUGCCUAAUGUCAAGGACUUCCAAUGGAAGCGCCUGGCGCCGCUGCCUAGCCGCCGGGUCUACUGCUCCCUGCUGGAGACCGGAGGACAGGUCUAUGCUAUCGGGGGAUGCGAUGACAACGGAGUCCCUAUGGACUGCUUCGAGGUCUACUCCCCCGAGGCGGACCAGUGGACCGCCCUGCCCCCACUGCCCACAGCCCGGGCCGGGGUGGCCGUCACAGCCCUGGGGAAGCGGAUUAUGGUGAUCGGGGGCGUGGGCACUAAUCAGUUGCCCCUGAAGGUCGUGGAGAUGUACAAUAUCGACGAAGGCAAGUGGAAGAAGAGGAGCACGCUGCGUGAGGCUGCCAUGGGCAUUUCUGUCACGGCCAAAGAUUACCGAGUAUACGCAGCAGGCGGGAUGGGCCUGGACCUCCGCCCACACAACCACCUCCAGCACUAUGACAUGCUCAAGGACAUGUGGGUGUCACUGGCACCCAUGCCAACCCCAAGAUAUGCUGCCACCUCCUUCCUCCGAGGCUCCAAGAUCUAUGUGCUGGGGGGACGCCAGUCCAAGUAUGCGGUCAAUGCUUUCGAGGUCUUUGACAUCGAGACUCGCUCCUGGACCAAGUUUCCCAACAUCCCCUGCAAGCGGGCCUUCUCCAGCUUUGUGACCCUGGACAACCACUUGUACAGCUUGGGAGGCCUGCGACAGGGCCGCCUCUACCGGCAGCCCAAGUUCCUGCGAACGAUGGACGUGUUUGACAUGGAACAGGGAGGGUGGCUGAAGAUGGAACGUUCAUUCUUCCUUAAGAAGCGGCGGGCAGACUUUGUGGCCGGCUCUCUGAGUGGACGGGUCGUAGUAGCCGGGGGUCUUGGGAACCAACCCACAGUUCUGGAGACGGCCGAAGCCUUCCAUCCAGGGAAGAACAAAUGGGAGGUCCUCCCCACCAUGCCCACACCCCGCUGUGCCUGCUCCAGUAUCGUCAUUAAGAACUGCCUCCUGGCCGUAGGGGGUGUCAACCAGGGUCUGAGUGAUGCCGUGGAAGCUCUGUGUGUCUCCGACUCUUAGCUGGCCAGGGCCUGCACCUUGGAUCUAAACUGUAUCACACCACUCUUGACAUGAGGAACAGUCUUUUUUUUUUUUUGGUUUUUCUCCGGUACUGGGAACCGAACUCACGACCUUGGGCUUGCCAGGCAGGCGCUUUGUCGCUGAGCUAAAUCCCCAGCCCCCAUGAGGAACAGUCUUGACAAAGCAGUUUGGGCUACUCUGCAGGCUGUCCACUACCAGAGGAGGGGCCUCUGUUGUCCUUUACCUAGCUCUGAACUAGAUUGAACCUCUAGUUUCUCCUUUGGACUACAUCCCUCCUCCACCUGAUGGUCAACUGUGGACCUGCCCUGGCCCUCACCUGCUAAGCAGGAAUUGGAACAUGAAGUCAGAGGCAGCUGCAUGCGGGAGGAAGUCACCUGGCCAGGCCAAGCCAGCAGCCUCGGCAGGAAGGACUUUUCCUCUUGGGGUUCUUGCUGGGCAUUGCUGAUGGGGAAGGAGCAGACUCUGAGCCGUGUCUGCUCCCCACCUCUCCCCUCUGUUUUGCCUUUUGCCACCUUCUCCCACCAGAGGCCCUGCCCUUUUGUCCCCAGCGGCCCCCAGAGUGCUCCUGUGUGAAACCUUCUCCUGUACACUGUGGCUUUGGAAUCCACACAGGAUGGAUCAUUGCACUCUGGUUAAUAACAGCAGCACAAUAAUUAAACUCUAUAUUCCUAUC